GUUGGGGGAUGACUAAUCAAGAUCAGCAGCAAGGUUGGAGAAAAGGCCCUUGGACUCCAGAAGAGGAUAAGAUGCUUACUGAAUAUGUCAGCUUCAAUGGUGAAGGAAGAUGGAGCUCUGUAGCUCGUUCUGCAGGAUUGAAUAGGAGUGGAAAAAGCUGCAGACUUAGGUGGGUGAAUUAUCUAAGGCCUGGUCUUAAGAGAGGCCAGAUAACACCACAAGAGGAAGGCAUCAUUAUUGAACUUCAUGCUCUUUGGGGUAACAAAUGGUCAACCAUUGCUAGAUACUUACCAGGAAGAACAGAUAAUGAGAUAAAGAACUUCUGGAGAACACAUUUCAAGAAGAAAGACAAAGCUAAAUAUUCUCGUAAGCAACAAAAGAGAAGAUCAUCAUCUCAACUACUUCUCAAUAAAGAAUUGCAAAAACUCCAUCACCACCACCCACAGACCCCUAUUAACAAUAUUAAUCAACAUCAUGAUGAUGACAAUGAUAAUCAUCAUAUAGCCAUAACAAAGCAUGAUGAUGAGAAUAAUAAUAUGGAUCAGAUCAUCAACAGCUCAUCUCAGAUUCAAACCAAUAAUACCAUACCAGCGGCUGCUAUGGUGUAUCAAGACGACGCCGUUUCAUAUUCGUUAUUGUCUGAUCAUUUAUCGAUAACAGCUGAUCAAGAAUUUUAUUAUGGUAAUUUAUGGAGUGGUCUCUGGAACCUAGAUGAUCAGCCGUACGGUCGUAUCAUGAAUACUACUAAUACUCAAGUUACGGGUACGGCUGCUACAACUCCUAAUAAUAAUAAUGGUAAUUAUUAUAGUAAUUGUUAUAAUAAUUAUGGUGGAGAGAAUAAUAUUAUUAAUCAUCACUCGAAUAAGAAUAAUAAUAUCAUACCAAUUCAAAACCAAGCUGCUAAAGCUUUUUCUUCUUAUGGAGGGUUCAUUUUCUAAGGAUUAUGAUCGAUGAUGAUCAUGGUGUACUUGUCUCUACCUAUACGUGGGUGGCUGCACAUUAUUAAUUGAAAUUUAUUAAUAUAUAUAUAUAUGUAUACUUGUGAUGAUGAUUUUAAAUUUUUAAUGUAUGAUAUUAAUUUAGUCAUGAUUCCAUAACCUAUGUGUACGCAGUAGUUCUACUAUUUGUAAUA